UGUCGUCAUUGGAAGGGAAUGGGAAUAAAAGACUCUUAGGCGGAUAAAUUAUAGUAUCAUGUCUUUCUUCCCUCUCUCUUUCUCUCUUGGCAACAACUUACUCCAUCCAUAAUACAUCAGUGGCCUUCAUUUCUUCAAUUAACAUCUCAACAGCAGAAAGUAGCUGAAUUCACAACAAACAAGUGGAGCCAGAAUGCCUUCUAUUGAAAAAAAGUAUAAUGACUGGCGUACAGAGUAUGUGCGUGCCUGGGUGACAUGCGAAGUUGAACAAAAGAAUGCAAUUACUUGUUCUGAAGCCAUUGGAUAUGGAAUGCUAAUAUCUGUUCUAAUGCGCAAUCAGCAGGAUUUUGAUGGACUCUUGCGCUGGUUCCUUCACUUAAAAACGCCAAUGGGCUUUGUGCAUGGCAGCAGAUUGAUGAUAAGCAUCACCGUACUUACAAAAACGCUCCAGAAGGAGGCGAAAAACUCUGCGACCGAUGGCGACAUUGACAUUGCCACGUCAUUAUUCUACGCCGCUAAAAUUGCCAUUCCCCUCUGUAAGGCGAUCUGGGACCACGAAAUCAACCAUUAUACAUUCAUGCCUACAUUGGGAGAUUGGGUCAAAGUGCCUGAGCCACCCAAGGUGUCUGCAUUUGGUUAUUCAGGCGGUGCCUCAGUUGGAGAGGAAAAUGCAUACGCCAGAAGAUUCCUAACCUUCUAUAAUGAGGACCCCGAGCGUUCACCACAAUGGGCUAAAGUCAUGGAUGCUAUCAUCACAAAUGUACAACAUCAAUUAAGCCUGAAUCCUACUGGCCUGAUUGCAGACUUUUUAAAGCUUUCAACGAACGGAUACUAUGAGCCAGCAGCACAUAAAGUCCUGGAAAGUGACAAUGACAAAGACUUUAAUUGGAACUCGUGCCGUGUCCCGUGGCGAUUGUCAGUUUAUUAUUUGUUGACACACGAUCCUCGCAUUUGUCCCACAUUGAUGGCGCAAUCAUCAUUUUUUGGAUCACUCUCCGAAGUGUGCGCAGGAUACCAUUUGAAUGGUCAUAAGAUUCACGAUCGCAAUUACUGCGAUAUGUCUUUUACUGCUCCAGCAUCCCUCGUGAUGUGGACGAUGCGCCAUCCUAACCAAACGCGGCUCCAGGAUCAGAUGGAAAACCUUGAGUCUGAUAGAUCAUAUUUUGGUGACUCUAUCCAGAUGCUGUGUCUCUUGCAGGCAAGAAACCCUACAGGAUUCUGAAAAGAAAGAAGACAAUAAAAUUAUUGAUAGUGAUAAAUAUAUAUAUUUGUAGUAGUCUGAUAUUUUGAAAGAGUUAAUAGAAUUGAAUUAAUUGAAUCAUAAAUGUACUCAAUAAUAUGGCCUG